CCUCCCAUCACACCACGAACGGAUUCCGCCCUUUAGCUCCCCGUUUCAUAAUCUUCCCCAAUCCGUAACUGAGGCAAAAAUCAAGGUAGGGCAGCCGCCCUACCUUGCCCUACUGGGUCCUCCGCCCAUGGUUGUUGUGGUACAUAGGUGAACUCCAAGAAGGUUAGCUCUUGUGGAAACACUGGUCAUAGCCGCUGUGGUGAAGUUCAUAUACCUGUCCGGCGGUGUCGCAUGCGGGAUCGCUGCUUAAAGAGAAAUAACCCAUUCCCACUUCAGGUUUGGUUUGCGUUUCCAUUUAAGUAUAACAGAAGUUGUAUUUGGCAUGGCAUUUGAGUAGCAUCAGAACCUCAAAAACAAAGUUGUUAGCAGUUAGCAGUAUUGCACUAUUAUUAGUGACAUCCCUUGGUAGAGAAGAUGGUGGAUGAACUGUUUUAUGAGGGUAACAACGAUCACAACAUCAGCUCUGAGGAAGAAGACACUCUUGUCAGGAGUUGUAGUAAUCUCAGCGUCAGCUUUGGAUAUCAUUGCAAUUCUUAUCAGAGUUUUCCUCUUGACAAUGAUGAGCAUGACAACUCCCCCCAGAUGAGGUUUGAAAGUAAUACCAUGAUGAAGUCACGAAAUGGUUCAUUUACUUGUUUAUCUGGUGCAGGAAUUAGUGCAAAUUUUACACUCGCGAAUACAAAUAUUUGCAAGGGUCUUAUAGGGGAAGAAAUUUUACCAGAACUUGAUUCUCCAAAUUCUUUUAGAAAAAUCGUUUCGUCCCCAUCUAUGUCAAGAUUGGACUUGCUAUCCACCUCACAAGGCAGCCCUGCAUCAGCCGAGAGCUCUAUAUUUGAAAUCAGUAAAAAUAUUUGGAGGUCCAGCGCUCCAACGACUGUAUCAUCUAAUUUUCUGACUAAUACCGAAGUAAAAAUGGCUGGUGGAGCUGCUGGAGAGGAUAGAGUCCAAGCUGUGUGCUCUGAGAAAAAUGGAUGGUUGAUCUGUGGGAUAUAUGAUGGAUUUAAUGGACGAGAUGCAGCUGAUUUUCUGGCAGUAACUCUAUAUGACAACAUAGUAUAUUACCUAUACUUGUUGGAGUGUCGUAUCAAGCAACAAGAUGGCCUAUACAAUUCAUCAGAAGGCUCUCUUAAUGGUGUUAAAAGUGAGUUAACAUUAGCCAUGAGAAUUGCAGAAAAUGAAGAUGUAAAACUUUCUGAAAAUUUUCGUGCUGGUGUGCUGAAUUGUCUCACUGCUGCUGUUGAGCAAGCUGAGAAUGACUUCUUAUGCAUGGUUGAACAAGAUAUGGAUGACAGACCAGACUUGGUUUCAGUUGGGUCCUGCGUUCUGGUUGUGCUUCUUCAGGGAACAGAUCUGUGCAUUCUAAAUCUUGGGGAUAGUAGAGCUGUUCUUGCUUCAAUGCCAUAUGCAGAAAUGAACACAGUGAAAGCUAUUCAAUUGACGGAGAUCCACUCACUUGAAAAUCCAUUGGAAUACCAAAAACUUUUAGUUGACCAUCCUAAUGAUUCUAAAGUUGUGAUGGGCAACAAAGUAAAAGGGAAGCUGAAGGUUACUCGUGCUUUUGGGGUUGGCUAUCUAAAGCAGAAAAAAUUCAAUGAUGCACUGAUGGGAAUUCUCAGAGUUCGCAAUCUGUGCAGUCCGCCUUAUGUAUAUACAAAUCCACACACGCUGAGCCACAAAGUUACCGAGGAUGAUUUGUUUGUUGUGCUUGGUAGCGAUGGCCUAUUUGAUUUCUUCAAUAAUGAUGAAGUUGUCCAAUUGGUUUAUCAGUUUAUGAAUGGUAAUCCAAAUGGUGAUCCUGCAAAAUAUCUCAUUGAGAAAGUUGUUCAUAAAGCUGCCAAGGAAGCAGCUUUGACAGCUGAACAGUUGAUGAGGAUACCUGUUGGGAGCAGGAGAAAGUACCAUGAUGACGUGACUGUCAUUGUUAUCAUCCUUGGGAACGCACGAAGGACAGUGAGCGCAUCGACUUCAGUAUGAAAGAUCGCAUGUCUCAAGAACAAGCUGUCAGCUGUGUUUGAGAAAAGGAAAAAGAUCAAGCUAUCAGCUGGUAAAAUUUUGUGGGUAUUAGCAUAUGAAUCUUUGAGGGUUCUGCUGCCAUAGUUAAUAAACUUAAUAAUGUGUAUAUAUAUCCUUCUGAAAUUUUGGGAGUGAACAGACCUUUUGUCAAGUCAAAAGGUGUUUCGAGAUUUUUCUGUCUUAAUUUUGCACAUGAUUUCGAAAGAAGAUGAUUUUAUUCAGCA